AUGGCGGUUCCGUUGCUUACGAAGAAGAUUGUUAAGAAGAGACUUAAGCAGUUCAAGAGACCGCAAAGUGACCGCAAGAUCUCUGUCAAGACAAACUGGCGUAGGCCAAAGGGUAUUGAUUCUCGAGUCCGAAGAAAGUUCAAAGGAUGUACUCUGAUGCCCAAUAUUGGCUACGGUUCUGAUAAGAAGACUCGCCAUUAUCUUCCAAAUGGGUUCAAGAAAUUUGUUGUCCACAAUGUGAAAGAGCUUGAAGUGUUGAUGAUGCACAACAGAACUUACUGUGCUGAGAUAGCACAUAAUGUGUCAACAAGGAAGAGGAAAGAGAUUGUGGAGCGAGCUGCUCAGCUUGAUAUUGUUGUUACUAACAAGCUUGCUAGGUUGCGUAGCCAGGAGGAUGAAUGA